GGGAACUUAAGGACAUGUUUUGAAAGUGGAGUUUGCUUCGAUAUUUCGGCGCAGCAACCUUAAAAACGUGCUAUUUUACAGAUAUGGCAACCUGCAGCAGUCUGCUGUCAGAGGAGAAGUUCCUUUGUUCGGUCUGUCUGGACGUUUUCACUGAGCCAGUCUCAACACCAUGUGGACACAACUUCUGUAGUUUGUGUAUCCAUCACUACUGGGACAGCAGGGGCAUUUACCAGUGUCCAUUAUGCAAAACUACAUUUUCUCCAAAACCUGAACUGAAAGUAAACACUGUCGUGUCUGAGUUAGUUGCUGAGUUUAAGAUGUUAACUCAAGGUAAAGCUUCAACUCCAGAUCCACCACUUCCUGUAACAACAGACGUUCUUUGUGAUAUCUGUCAGAAUUUACAGGAAAAAAAAGCUGUUAAAUCCUGUCUGACGUGUCUAGCAUCUUUCUGUGAGGUGCACCUCGAGCCACAUCACAGAGUUGCUUCUUUUAAGAGCCACACAUUAACAGACCCUGUGAAUAAUCUUGAGGACAGAAUGUGCAGGAACCACAACAAGUUAACAGAACUGUACUGCAGGACUGACCAGGCCUGUAUUUGUGUCUUGUGCUUCAAAACUGAUCACAAGAGUCACAAUGUCAUCCCGCUUGAGGAAGAAUAUGAAGCAGUGAUGGCCAAAACAGAUGAGACGAUGGCAAAUAUCCAAAAGAUGAUACAGUCACGGUCUGAGAAGAUAACUGAGAUUGAAAACUCACUUGACAUCAGCCAGAGAGAAGCUGAGGAGGAGAAAGAAGCCAGUGUGCAGGUCUUCACUGACCUGAUCAGCUCCAUCCAGAGAUGCCAGGCCGAGCUCAUCGCGGUGAUCGAGGAGAGGCAUAGAGCAACAAAGCAAAAGGCCGAAGGUCUACUUACAGAACUGAGGAUGGAGGUCGCUGAGCUGGAGAGCAGAAGCAGCCAGCUGAAGCAGCUGUCGGAGUCUGAGGAUCACCAUCAUUUCCUCCAGAGCUUCCCGACGCUGUGCUCUCCUUUAAACAAAGACUGGACCAACGUUUGCGUUCACAGCGAUCUGUCUUUUGAGGCAGUGAGAGGUGCUGUGAGUCCGCUGAAAGAAAAAGUUGAUGAAAUAAUGGAGAAGUUUCCUGAGAUUAAAAUGAAGAGAAUGAGAGAACAUGCAGUGGACUUGACUUUUGACCCUGAAACAGCAAAUUACUCACUUGUCAUAAGCCAAAAUGGAAAACGCGUGGUCUGUGCAGGCACAGUGCAGCAUCUUCCCGACAAUCCAAAGAGAUUUGAAUUUAGUCCAGAAGUUUUGGCAAAGGAGGGCUUCAGAACAGGGAAGUUUUACUAUGAAGUUCAAGUGAAAGGAAAGAUUGCGUGGGUUCUUGGAGUGGUCAGAGAGUCUGUUAAGAGAAAACAGAACACAGCUUUGUCAGUUGAAAAUGGUUACUGGGCCAUUGGGCUUGAUGAGGGUAUAUACUGUGCAUACGCAACACCAAGAGAACAAAUCACAUUCAAGGAAGAGCUUGAGAAGGUGGGCAUCUUUGUGGACUACAAUGAGGGAAUAGUUUCUUUCUAUGAUGUGAAUUCUAAAGCACAUAUGUAUUCUUUCACUGGCUGCCACUUUACAGAGAAAAUCUAUCCAUACUUCUGCCCUCAAUGUUAUAUGGAUGGAGCAAACUCUGCCCCUCUCAUCAUUACCUCUGUACCUCAAACACACUGAGUUUGUUGCUUCUGUAAAGGUCCAAGUGUGUGAGAUUUAGGAGGAUUUAGUGACAUCUAGUUGUGAGGAUUGCAAAUUGCACCCAGCUUAAACUAUUGGUCAGAAUUCCUUUAGUAUUCAUCACUCAGGCAGUUUUUACCGAGAUCCGAAUUAUCCACAGAGGUCUCUUCCUUUCCAAAACAAACAGACCAGGUGACUAAAACCAGUAAAAACACUGAAAAAAACAGCUCCGCGUUUAAAAAAGUCAUUGUUUUUCUUCAUUGUGUAUGAGACAGGCUGUUAGCCACGCACCUGCUAAUGUCUGCUCACAUAAUUUCUUUGAUUACUUAAGAUCCAGAUGUUCACAAGGUUUUAAACGUGAACAGAAUUAUCUGCAGUGGCCUCUCCUUCUCCAAAACAAACAAGCGAAGUGAUUUAAUGCAGAAAACUAUAGCGGAUAAUGCCCAAAAUGCGAAUGCCAAAAAUGCAAAUGCCCUUAUUGAACCCUUGAUUUUUAUUUUUCUGUUUUAGACUACUGUAGAAAUGUUGUUGUUGCACAUUUAUGACAUGCUAUUAGCUUGUUUACAAUAUUAUGUGAAUGCCACUGACACACUGAAAGUUUUGGGGAGCCCGUUCAAACUUAAAGACUUUGUCCUCUGCAAUGUUAAAAUUGUUUUCUCUCAGUGGAUGGAUAUAUAAAAUAAGCGUCAUUGUGUUCCUGUUCUACAGUGUAUUUUUCUGUAAUUAUGAGAAUGUAAACUAAUGUUGCACAGUUUUAUUGUCAGAUCCUGUUGUAUGAUAAUGGAGGAUACUAGAGGAGGAUUACUUCGUCAUGACGUUCUGUUAUUUUCAUGCAUAUUUUGAUACAGUUAUAUUACAUUCCUACAGAAUCAAGCCAGACAUGUUUUUCCUUUUGAAUCAAGACCUACUUUUAUACAAUGUGAUUUUUCUGUCAGAGAUGCACAAAAUGUGACUGUGCUGGGAAGAAAAGACUAGUUUGUAUAUUUUCUUGAUUUUUGCUGGUUUGUUGUAAUUCACAGUUUGUGUGUUUGGGAUUUGGGGCUGAAUAAAGAGCAUUUCUAGUGUGA